CGCUGCAUCAUCAGUACUGCUACUACAGCAGAGCGGAGAGGCAGUGUGCCUCACACACACACACACACACACACACACACACACACACACACACACACACACACACACACUGGAAGCCUGGUACCUCUGGAUGUUUGAGACGUGUAAGUGUGUGUAAAAGUGUGUGUGUGUGAACACGAGGCGGCCACAUCCAGGUCUGACGCCGUGUGUUUGCCGAGGCAGCGUGGAGGAGCGUUAGCGUCGGGCGCUGCCGGGAAUUUCAGCUUUUCUUUUCCCUCCCUUUUCCCUCAGCCGGCGCUCCGGGAGCAGGAGGAUGUCUGGAUGUUUCUGUGGCUGCGAGCCGGAGCAGAGUGCUUACCUCAGGAUUUACAUCUGAAGAGGAGGGGGGAGAUAAACAGCUUUCAGGGGGGGGGGGGACGGUUUGCACUGCAGCACCACACCGGCAUCUCUUGUUUUUAUGUCCUACAAUGAAUUCUUCCUGCACAAAUCCACGUGCAGCAGAGCGGCGUUCGUUCUGCGUCCGGCGCCGGAUUACAUCGACUUCAGACUCUCUGACGGAGAGACAAUGCUGAUUUAAGAGGACGCGGCGCCGGUUUCCUUCUUGGAGAAUUAGACUUUAACUGCAACUUUUGGAUUACACCGGAGACUGUGACGACUGGAUGGAGGCUACGCUAAGCUAACCCCCCCUCCCCCCCUCCUCAAGUCCAAACAUGAACUCGACCUCCGACGUGAACCAAAGCGGUUCUCCUCCGUUCUGCCUGCUCGGCGCCGUAGGUUACUCGCGCAGCCUGGACACCUGCGUGCUGGAGGUGGUCGUCAUCCUCUUCCUCACCGUGCUCAUCAUCGCCGGGAACCUGGUGGUGAUCUUCGUCUUCCACUGCGCGCCGCUGCUGAACCACCACACCACCAGCCACUUCAUCCAGACCAUGGCGUACGCCGACCUGCUGGUGGGCGUGAGCUGCCUCGUGCCCUCGCUGUCCCUCCUCCACUACCUCCGCCGGCUGAAUGAGGAGCUCACCUGUAAGGUGUUCGGCUACAUGGUGUCGGUGCUGAAGAGCGUCUCCAUGGCGUCCCUGGCGUGCAUCAGCGUGGACCGCUACAUCGCCAUCACCCGCCCGCUGUCCUACGCCACGCUGGUGACGCCGUGCCGGCUCCGGGCGUGCAUCGUCCUCAUCUGGGUUUACUCCGCCCUCAUCUUCCUGCCGUCCUUCUGCGGCUGGGGGAAGCCGGGUUACCAUGGCGACAUAUUCCAGUGGUGCGCGGACUCCUGGACGACCAGCCCGGGCUUCAGCACCUUCAUCGUCGGGCUGCUCUACGCUCCGGCGGCGCUCACCGUCUGCUUCACCUACGGGAGCAUCUUCAGGAUCUGCCGGCAGCACACGAGGGAGAUCACCCAACGCCACGCUCGCUUCAGCACGCACCUCGAGGGCGAGAAAGGCGAGCGAGGUGAGCGCUGCGAGGGCCACCCGGACAAACGCUACGCCAUGGUGCUGUUCCGCAUCACCAGCGUCUUCUACGUGCUGUGGAUGCCGUACAUCCUCUACUUCCUGCUGGAGAGCGCCGGGCUGUAUCACCACAAGGUGGCGUCCUUCCUCACCACGUGGUUAGCGAUUAGCAACAGCUUCUGUAACUGUUUGAUCUACAGCCUCUCCAACAGCGUCUUCCGGAAAGGUCUCGGCCGACUCUUCAGCCCGUUGGUUCCUUCCUGCCUCGGCUGCACGGACGCCAAAAAGACUCUGGCGCCUCCCAGCCAGCGCUCGGACCCUCGCUGCCAAGUAUGAGCCCCGACGUGGUCGUGUUGUGUUGGGUUCCUUUUGGAGGCGUCGCUCCUCUGUGUGUUCGCUUUGCUCUCGGCUGCAGAAGCAUGGUAGGGUCUUUUUGGGUCCUGCAGUGAAAUGUGCUGAGCACCGGCUGCUCGGAGCGCAGAAUGGCGCCCGUGCAGAUGCCUGUCGGUCGUCUCAAAAGGCUGAUUGGUGGAGGACUGAAGCUUCUUCUCUGUGUUUUUUGGAAAAGCUCUGCAAGGAUUUGAAGGCUGCGUCUCGGAGUUAAGAAGUCCGAUAUCGAUGGAGAAAAGCGGAUUGUAGGAAUAAGAUUCAGAGGAUUGAAGCACUCCUGCCUGCACUGACUUAUAAACCCCCAGCAAAAAAAAAAAAAAAAAAAGGAAAUCGCAACGCGGCUUGUGUUGUGAGAUCCUCUGAAAUGCAAAUAAUAUUUUAUAUCUGUAAAAAUCUGCAAAAUGUUUUUGGUUAUUUCAGGGUAGAAUAAGAUGAUGCAACAGUCUAUUGAUCUGUUUUCCUUUAGGGAACUCCCCGAUGCUAACGAGCUAAUGAGGCUAAUGAAGCACAACACAAUCAGCCUGUGUGUGUGUGUGUGUGUGUGUGUGUGUGUGUGUGUGUGUCUGUGUGUGUGUGUGUGUGUGUCUGUGUGUGUGUGUGUGUGUGUGUGUGUGUGUGUGUGUGUCUCUGUGUGUGUGUGUGUGUGUGUGUGUGUGUGUGUCUGAGUGUGUGUGUGUGUCUGUGUGUGUGUGUGUGUGUGUGUGUGUCUGAGUGUGUGUGUGUGUGUGUGUGUGUGUGUGUGUGUCUGUGUGUGUGUGUGUGUGUGUGUGUGUCUGAGUGUGUGUGUGUGUGUCUGUGUGUGUGUGUCUGUGUGUGUGUGUGUGUGUCUGUGUGUGUGUGUGUGUGUGUGUGUGUGUGUGUCUGUGUGUGUGUGUGUGUGUGUGUGUGUGUGUCUGUGUGUGUGUGUGUGUGUGUGUCUCUGUGUGUGUGUGUGUGUGUGUCUGAGUGUGUGUGUGUGUGUCUGUGUGUGUGUGUGUGUGUGUGUCUGAGUGUGUGUGUGUGUGUGUGUGUGUGUGUGUCUGUGUGUGUGUGUGUGUGUGUCUGUGUGUGUGUGUGUGUGUGUGUGUGUGUGUGUGUGUGUGUGUCUGAGUGUGUGUGUGUGUAUGUGUGUGUGUGUGUGUGUGUGUGUGUCUGUGUGUGUGUGUGUGUGUGUGUGUGUGUGUCUGAGUGUGUGUGUGUGUGUCUCUGUGUGUGUGUGUGUGUCUGUGUGUGUGUGUGUGUGUGUGUGUGUGUGUCUGUGUGUGUGUGUGUGUGUGUGUGUGUGUCUGUGUGUGUGUGUGUGUGUCUCUGUGUGUGUGUGUGUGUGUGUGUGUGUGUGUCUGUGUGUGUGUGUGUGUGUGUGUCUGUGUGUGUGUGUGUGUGUCUGUGUGUGUCUGUGUGUGUGUGUGUGUGUGUGUGUGUGUGUGUGUCUGUGUCUGUCUGUGUGUGUGUGUGUGUGUGUGUGUGUGUGUCUCUGUGUGUGUGUGUGUGUGUGUGUGUCUCUGUGUGUGUGUGUGUGUGUGUGUGUGUGUCUGUGUGUGUGUGUGUGUGUGUGUGUGUGUCUGUGUGUGUGUGUGUGUGUCUGUGUGUGUCUGUGUGUGUGUGUGUGUGUGUGUGUGUGUGUGUGUGUCUGUGUCUGUGUGUGUGUGUGUGUGUGUGUGUGUGUGUGUGUGUGUGUGUGUGUGUGUGUGUUUUCUCUCUUCUGAAGCUCUGAGCUAUUUUACACAUGUCUGAGGGACCUUUUCUUUCCAAGAUGGCCGCUGAAGACAUGGCGUGCCCUGGUAAUUGUGUAUAAAAAGUGUUAACUGGGAGAGUUUUAUCCUCCGUUUGUGAUCCCCUCCUCAGGGUUAUCAGCAGUUCUUGGUUUCUCCUUGGAGCUUUGGAUCUGACUUUAAAUCACAAGCCACGUUAAGCGUCGUAAGAUAAUCACCUCCUGACCCCGUGGUGCGGCGCGGCGUGGCGUCUGUGCCGUGACGAAACACUGUCGGAUGCAAAGACUGACUUCAUUGUUUUCUCUAACUUUGUUGCUCGUCUCUCUCUCUUUUUUUAGCCUCCGGCGGCUGAUCGCUGCUCGGAUUAAAGCGGAGGAGAAGUGUUAUCGGCGAGCAUCACGCGCCUGACUUCUGAGAGCGGGAGGGGUCAGAGGCCGCCAAGAGGGCCCAUGUAGGGGCGUUUAGAGAUCCCUGUGGAUACAGAUGUGUGUUUUUAAGAUAACUUAUUAGUCACAGCCAAGAUGUCUGACAUGCUGCACUCAAGACUGAACCUGUUUUUGUUUUUCUACACCGUGAAGUCAAAGAAGUGUUUCUUAUUAUCGUCCUGCAGAAAAACUUCACUUAGACUUUGCUUUUAAAGUCACAAUGAAACCAGAUUUCUAACGGCGUCCCGCUCUUCAUAUAUUUAUAAUAACACGUCUUUGUGUGUGGACACCUUGGAAACUUUAGUUUGGUGCUCUUUAUUCAGGAGCUGUUUCUCCGGCUCCUUCAUGAUGCAAACAGAGGAAACGUUAAUGCAACAGCAGGCAACCGUUUUUAAAAAGUUCUCAUCACUCGCUGUCUGAAUAACAAUGGAGAAGCAAAGUGAAGAGUGAAAGGGGUCAAAGAGGUCAACCAACACUUGUAGCAUGAAGAUCAUCUUUAAUGACUUUAUUAGAGCGCUGUGUUUCGGCCUCCGUCAGGGUCAUCUUUCUGUCUGAAUAACAAGGCCACACAAACGUCUUCUUUAGCAUGCUGAUUGAACUACAAAAACAUGAACUCAAAUUGAAGUUGCAUUGUUUGGGUUUUAUCACAGGUGAAGUUCACUUUAAAGGAAGAAUGAGCAACUUUUUCAUCCAGUAGAUGAGCACCAGCAUGAAACCAAAACAAACUGCUGUUAGGCCACACCUCCUCCAUGCUGAAGCCUCCUCUAGAGACACACCUCCAACCCCUCCUCUACUCGAGUUCAUAUGAAGCAGUUAUCAAACAGAACGCACCAUAAUGAAGCACCAUUUAGAGCAAGCAGUGGACAAAAUCGUCCUUUGCUCGAGCUGCAUUGUUGUGUUAGCAUGCUAAUGUUAGCACUCUUUAGUUAGCUCGUAGCUUCACAUUGUUGUGUUAGCAUGCUAAUGUUAGCGCUCUUUAGUUAGCUCGUAGCUUCACAUUGUUGUGUUAGCAUGCUAAUGUUAGCGCUCUUUAGUUAGCUCGUAGCUUCACAUUUCAUGUAAACUGACACAGAAUGAGCGUGAUCUAAAAACUCUUACUAACAUCCAAAUAAUCAGUGAGUAUGUUCUUCUUCUUCUCUCUAGUUCUUGACUAAAACAGCUUUUAUACACAAGGGGAGGAGCCGGCCGUCCCGUCCAUGUAAACACGGCUCUGACAACAACACAGCCAGCGGGACUCAAGCUUCUCCCUCAUUGUAGACAGUCAGGACUCAGAGACACAUUUACACAGGACAGACUUUAUUAUUUAUUUAUGAGUCGAUCAGUCUUCCUUUAAUGAAAACAUUGCUGUGAAUUCACCACAGUGUUUCACAUUCUUAAAGAGCACGUCUUGAUCAUGUCACUCUGUUUCUCAAACAACUGAAGCACUAAAAGAAAUGAAUCCUUGAUCCUUGAAAAUGUGAAGCUAGCCUUCGAGCUCCUCAGAGCAGCCAAUUGAUUUAUUUUAAUUUGUUUAUUGUGUCUUCAAUGCACUUAAUACCAAGCACAGAGAAUGCUUACAUCUUUAUUAGUAUAAAGGGACCUGAAACCAAAAGAAGACACAAAAUGAUGACAAUGCCGACAAAAUAAAUCAUCCUGGCGUUUCUUUGUGGACUUUAGAGACAAACAAGGCCGACUUAUAAACAUUGAAAUCUUACCAGCGCUCCAUCCUGUCUUCAUCAGAGCUACAAAACAUUUUGGGAUUUUAAACGAACAUUUCAUUAAUCAAAUGUUUUCACAAUCAGAUUCAGUCUUGUUAUUGUGCUUGAUUUGAAUAUGAGUCUUUGCUUAUAAUCGUGCUCACACUGCACAGUAAAUUAUUUCUAUGGAUGUAAAUAAUCUUCAUUAAAGGUCAAAUAUUAUCCAGAAUCACAUUUCUCCAUGUUCCUCUAGUCUGUCUACAAACCCCCCAAUGAUGAGAAAAGUCCAUCCUCUCCGUGUUCUCCCUGCUCCACUUUUCAGAAAAUGUGUGUUCAAACAGGCCGUUUGGAGAUUUUCCCUUCAUGACAUCACAAAGGGCAGUAGCCUCUCCCCCAGGUGGGUGACACUCCCACAGCUAGGUGUUUGUUCUGCCCUCUGAGUCUGCCUUCUCACCGUAAACAAUAGGACAUGGAGCAAGAAAGCACCGAGUACACCCAAGCCCUUCCAGAGAGGGGGCGUGGUAAGACACAGCUCAUUUACAUAUUUAAAGGUACAGACACAGCCUGUUCUGAGCAGGGCUGAAAUAGAGGGGUUUAUAGACAUGAUCAAAUACAGGAUCAGAGUGGAUUUAGAAUAAGAAACUUCACACACAUGUUGAGGAGGAGCUCUGACACUUAUUUAAACUGAAGAAGAAGAGGAAGAGGAUAUGUCACCUUUAAAGAGAGCAUGAAGCUCACAAGAUGAAAUCCCAAAUAUUAAUACUCGGAUGUGCAUUCUGAUGUCAUAUUCCCAAACGUCACACAACACUAUCAAACAGCCCGCACAUCCCAAUUGUUGAGUACU